AAAAUAAUAAGGGAGAGGUGGCGUCGUUGUUUCGCUGGAAUAAAUUGGAAGUUGUUUAGAAGCACCCCGGAGCUGUUAGAUAAAGCUAAUAAUAAUAUUUCUGAUUCCUCUCCUCCAGUCUUCACCUCCUCUUCUUCUACAAUUUCCAUUAAGCCAACAAGAUUAUGAAGGACUACAAAUUGAUCAACGGAAAAGCUCCGCCGCUGAUUCCGCCAUUUGAAUCCGAUCGGAACAUCGGCGGCGUCAAUAUCGCCACCGUCUCUCCUGAUCACCGGAAGACUAACUCAGAAGAGAUUACAGAGCCGCCUUCCGGUCAUGAGCUUAAAGAAGAAGAAGAAGAAGAAGAAGACAGGGUGAUAAAAGAGCUGAAGAAAAUUCAGAGACAGAAUUUCCUCACCCACUGCCUCGUAUCAGCUAUGAUAGUUCUCACUGUAACAUGGCAGCUAUCGGAGAUGUCUUUAAUCCUCAAACUCAAAGAUGGACUGAACCAUCCAUUCCGAUCGUUGCGCGGUUUCGUCGCCGGAAUAUUCAAAGGUCCGGUUAAAGACGACGAAAAACCGCCCAACGGAAAACAGAAGCAAGAUGCUUCACCCCUCCCCUUAUCCGGACCUGCAAUCUCUAGACUUCACUACUGAACAAAAAUAGCAGAGCAAAUGAUGACUGUAAGAUUUUGUUUCACCUGCAAUUGUGUGACAACUGUGUUGUUUUCUACCAAAUAUAUAUAUAAAUGCCAUUACUGUAGUUUUUCAAA